UACUCUACUGAAGUGAACUUCUUGUCCAUUUUGCUUCUUGUAUAUCUGCGGCACAGGUUGGGGAAUCGUUUUCGCUUCAACCCACAUCCAAAUUUUACUCUCGAAUUGAGCAUCUUCUGUCUCCAGGGUUUUCCAGAACGUUGUCCCUUAGAACCCUUAGAAAUCAGAAAUGGCGUCAAUUAACUUCGGAUGGUUCGGGGAGAACUGGUUUCAGAAGCCCCAAAACCCAGUUUCUCCAUUCCAGUUCGUCUCAUUGAAUGAAGCCCAUUUUAAAAAACGCUCUCAACCCCCAAACUUCGCUUUCAUAAGCGGUUCGAAUCUCUUCGGUAAACGGAAAAAGUCAGAGACUCCCCGAACGCCCGGCAAGUACAAGAGAAUGCUCGAUGAGUUCUUCUGGGAAUGUGAGAACCUCCCCGAUUACAGACAUGCACCAGACGUGGAGAAGAUACUCAAUGAUGACCCAGUUUUCGAGAAGAAGGAGAAUCCCACUGAAGAAGAGAUUAAAGAGAACGCUCAAUGGUGGGAGGAGUUCAGGAAGAGCCCCGUUGUUAAGUUCUUGAGAAGGGUUGAAGAGAUUGAUGACAAAAUCAAUGAAUUGGAGCUUAAAGAGAAUGAGUCUCCAUUCAGGAAAGAGGACAAGAAGCUCUGGCAGGCCUUGCCCCAUGUGCCCGGGUUGGAUGGGCGGCCAAUGCCUAGAAAAGCAAUUAAGACACAGAAAGAGUCGGAUGAUAAGUUCUGGGAUUUUGCGAGGCAAUUCUUCUUCGGGCUGUGGGGAUUUCGACAGAGGCCAUACCCUCCGGGUCGCCCAAUCGAUGUUGCGCAAGCCAUUGGAUACAAGCGACUAGAGAAGCGAUACUAUGACUUUAUCAUGAGGAGUGGUGGUUGGUUCUACAAAGAUCGAUUGGGGCGCACAAGAGGACCACUUGAGCUGAUUACGCUGAAAACUGCUUGGGCUGGAGGAAUAAUUGACAAAGACACUUUCAUCUGGGGGGAGGACAUGGAUGAAUGGGCACCCAUUGGCAUGGUAUAUGGCUUGGAAAAAGCAAUUGCUACUUGGGAAGUUCGUCUAGGAGCUGGUGCAACAGCUUUCAUUCACAAGCUCAUGAAAGGAAUACCUCCCUGGGUUCCAGUGAAGGGGCAUGAGAAGAAGACUUAUAAGCAGGUUCAAAAAGAGGCACUUGAGAGCAAGAGACGUGAUUUAGCAGUACUUGAAGCAAAUGGUGGUAUUUGGCCUGGAGUUAGGAUCCCCAGUCAUGCCUUGUUUCUUUGGGCAAGUGGAUCAGAACUUACCACGAUAUUAGAAGCUGACCAUAUGCCUAACAAAUACAUCUCUAAAGAUCUUAGGAUUCAAUUGGCUAAAGCUAUUCCUGGUUUAAGACCAUGGGAGGUUCUAAGCAUUGAACAAGCGAUGGAUCAAAUAACAUAUGGUGGGGAGUGGUAUCGUGAACCACUUGGGACAUACACAACAGGUCCUCCAUACAUCAGGGACUGGAAUAAGGAUGUUAAGCACGUACUUAAUGUUUUCUUGAAGCUGAACUACCUAGUCUAUGACAAACUAUCGGCAACCAUUCCAGGUUUUAGUUCUGUAAUGGAAAAAGUCCACGCAGAGUCUUUGUCUAGACAGGCCUCACUACGGGAGAAAAAAGCUGCAGAGAAGGCGGCUCAGGAACAGGACUUGUAUUCCGGGCCUUCAUCAACUUUAUAGCAGUAUCUUGUGUUCUGGUUUUCGGGUGUGUACAGAAAACUAUGAAUACCUGGUACAACGAUUUUGAAGAGAAGACAGUUUACCUGAAACAUCUAAUGUUCUCAUACUGGUUACAGCUUAAUGUCCAGGC